UGCCCGCCCUCCGCUGCGCUGCUCCCCCGCACCCGCCGCGGCGCCGCCGCCUCCUCCUCCCGCCGCCACCGCCGCACCCCCCCCUCGGCCCCGCCGCACCGCGGGCACCGGGGGCGCCGCCCCGCACAGUGUGUUCCAUGGGAAACAGCACCAGCCGGCUCUACAGCGCGCUCGCCAAGACGCUGAGCAGCGGUGCCGUGUCCCAGCACCAGGACUGCCUGGAGCAGGCGGACUCGGCACGGCUGGACCCUAUAGACCCCAAGGAGCUGCUGGAGGAAUGUCAGAUCGUUCUGCAGAAACGGCCGCCCCGGUUUCAGAGGGACUUUGUGGACCUGAAGAAAAACGCCGUCAGCAGCCACCGCCCCAUUCGGGUCAUGCAGUGGAACAUCCUCGCCCAAGCUCUUGGAGAAGGCAAAGACAACUUUGUUCAGUGCCCCAUGGAAGCUCUGAAAUGGGAAGAGAGGAAGUGCCUCAUCCUGGAGGAGAUCCUCGCCUACAAGCCUGACAUCUUGUGCCUGCAAGAAGUCGACCACUACUUUGACACCUUCGAGCCACUCCUCAGCAGACUGGGCUACCAGUGUACUUUCUUCCCGAAGCCGUGGUCCCCCUGCCUAGACGUGGAGCAGAACAACGGGCCGGAUGGCUGCGCCUUGUUUUUCCUCAAAGACCGCUUCGAGCUCAUCAACAGCUCCAACAUUCGGUUGACCGCCAUGAAGCUGAAGACCAACCAAGUGGCCAUAGCUCAGACGCUCAAGUGCCACGAAACUGGAAGACUGUUCUGCAUUGCUGUCACCCACCUGAAAGCCCGUACGGGCUGGGAGAGGUUUCGGUCCGCCCAAGGCUGCGAUCUUCUCCAGAACCUGAAGAACAUCACCCAAGGCGCGAAGAUCCCUCUGAUCGUCUGCGGAGAUUUCAACGCGGAGCCAACUGAGGAGGUCUACAGGGAAUUUUCCAACUCCAGCCUCAACUUAAACAGCGCCUACAAGCUGCUGAGCCCCGACGGGCAGUCGGAACCUCCAUACACCACCUGGAAGAUCCGGCCCUCGGGAGAGUGCCGGCACACGCUGGAUUAUAUCUGGUAUUCCCAGCACGCCUUGAAUGUGAACUCAGCCCUGGGCUUGCUGACUGAAGAGCAAAUUGGGCCCAACAGGCUGCCAUCAUUCAAUUACCCUUCCGAUCACCUGUCCCUGGUGUGUGACUUUAGUUUUAAUCAAGACCCCGACAGACUGCUGUAACGGGUUGCGACGCCACCUGGUAGUGCAGUGUCUUUGACUCGCCACUGUUUUAUUUUCCAGAAAACUUUUGGAGGUGGGAGCUGUUGAAAGAUGAGGAAAUAACUGUUGACUAAACAUUAUUUGGGGCGCUUGUUUGGGGUUACACUUGCCAUUCAGCCCUUGUUAAUCUGGAGCCUCCAGGGGAGGAAGAAAGGAGUCGGUGUUCUCGCCGUGGUGUUCUUGCCACGCCGGGCUUGGAGAACCGGAAGGCAAAUGAGCUUUAUCCUUUCACUAACCCCCGUGUUUAAGGGUUUAAUCCUCUAAUGAAUGCGGAGGCCUUAGUAUUUAAAUCAAAACACGUGUGUUUGUAAAACAA